GUGUAUAACAAAUUGGGUUACUAAGAAUAAAAGCUCUUUACGCGUCUGCGGCGCGUCAAAAAAACGUGGGGCAAACGUCCACUAGUUAGAAGCUAGAAUAAUCCUACGGCAGGUGCUACGAUGCAGCAUAACCCAAUUGCACCUUCUCCAUGCCUCACCUCGACCGGCAACUUCAACCAGUAAAUUAAUUGGUUGUUUGACUUAAAAAAAUAGUUCAAAUUACAACAACUUGUUAAGGCCCUUUUACUUUUCUCUUUUCUUGAUACGGCUUUUGCCUCCUAACAGAACAGCACGGUCUUGGUUCACUAAGGUUGCACAAUGCCACCCCGUAAAACCGAAAAUGCUCGACAGAGCAACUUAUCCAUGGCUCAAUUCGUAUACGACGGUUCCGACGCAGAUGUCGAUACUUCUUCAACUUCGCUCCGUCCUGUUAUCUCUGUCCCUGCACGAUCCAAGCCCGCGAUACCCACACAGCCCACGCCCUCGAUAGAGAUGGAUACCCAACGACCUACCGAAGCCGCAUCUCCUGCAGAGAAAGAUAAGGAGAGAAAGGAUAGUGCUUCUAAGGAUAAUGUUACCAUUGAGGAUGUCACUCUUCCGAAGUCAAUAAUAAUGCGACUUGCGAAGGGUGUCCUGCCUCCUAAUACCCAAAUCCAAGCAAAUGCAAUCCUGGCUAUGAGCAAGAGCGCUACUGUAUUCAUUAAUCACCUUGCCAAUGCGGCGAACGAGCACACGCAGAACUCCAACAAGAAGACUAUUAUGCCUGCCGAUGUUUUUGCCGCCCUUGAUGACAUAGAAUUUCCAUUCUUCCGGGAAAGACUUGAGGCUGAGUUCAAGAAGUUCAAUGAGACCCAAACGACGAAACGAAAUACCUAUCGUAGAAAGGUGGCCGCUGCGAAGAAGGCGGAGAAGGCUGGACCAGACCCUAAUUCCUCCAUCAUGUCCACCGCCUCUACCGCAGCCCCGAGCCAACCAGAUUCGGCAGCGCCGCGCGCCAUCAAGAAGCAGAAGCCCAACGCGCCUGACGACUCCGCUAUGGACGUAGACGACGGCGAGGAAACGCGCGAACAUAGUGAUGCCGAGACGGAGCCGGAACAAGAACAGGAGGAAGAGGAAGAAGAAGAAGAAGAGGAGGAGGAGGAGGAGAAUGAUGGCGCUGAAGAGGAAGUAGAAGAAGAGGAGGAAGAGGAAGAGGAAGAGGAAGGGAACGACCCUGACCGCCUAGAGGACCGUGAAUCCCGUGACGAUCACGAUGACGCUCUUGAUGACGGAGACAGCGAUUGAGGUAACGGCGUAAAUUAAGGCUGCUAUAGCAUGCUUAAUCACGCCAAGCCACGUUUUUUUGCCAACAGGAUAUGUCUAAAUCUAUCGUUGGAUAGGGGAGAGAGCGCCUAGGGUAAUAAAUGGCCUGGGGAUAUAAUUAUCACCGCGCAGAUAGUUGGGAUAUAUCGACUCCCUGCAUCUAGCACAUUCCUAGUGCCGUGGUAGGAUGCGUGAACGGAAUUCUUGCUCUCCAGCCUUGGCACGCCGAACUUCAACACAUCCGUCAAGUCACAUUGCGCAUGCCCCUAUUCUGGGCGGUAGUAGUAUAUAGUUCGAUGUUGAUUGCUAGUCGGAUGAGAUAAUUGAUACGCCGGGUUUUUAAUUCUUAUUAUCUAAUGCCAUCGCACUUGA